AUGGAGACUUUCCUAUUCACAUCUGAGUCUGUGAACGAGGGACACCCCGACAAGCUCUGUGACCAGAUCUCUGAUGCAGUCCUCGACGCCUGUCUUGAACAAGACCCUGACAGCAAAGUUGCUUGUGAGACGUGCUCCAAGACUAACAUGGUCAUGGUCUUUGGCGAGAUAACCACCAAGGCCAAAGUUGAUUAUGAGAAGAUCGUCCGUGACACCUGUCGUGCCAUCGGAUUCAUAUCUGAUGAUGUAGGUCUUGAUGCUGACAAAUGCAAAGUCCUAGUCAACAUCGAACAACAGAGCCCUGACAUUGCCCAAGGAGUUCACGGUCACUUCACCAAACGUCCUGAAGACAUUGGAGCUGGUGACCAAGGACACAUGUUUGGUUACGCUACUGAUGAAACCCCUGAGUUGAUGCCACUGAGCCAUGUUCUUGCGACCAAGCUCGGUGCUCGCCUAACAGAAGUCAGAAAGAACGGCACUUGCGCCUGGCUAAGACCUGACGGAAAAACCCAAGUCACUGUCGAGUAUUACAAUGAUAACGGUGCCAUGGCCCCAAUCCGUGUCCACACAGUCCUCAUUUCAACCCAACAUGACGAAACCGUGACCAACGACGAAAUCGCACGUGACCUCAAGGAACAUGUCAUCAAGCCAGUCAUCCCAGAGAAGUACCUUGACGAUAAAACCAUCUUCCACUUAAACCCAUCAGGCCGAUUCGUCAUCGGUGGACCCCAUGGAGACGCUGGUCUAACCGGACGUAAGAUCAUCAUCGACACUUACGGUGGAUGGGGAGCUCACGGAGGCGGUGCUUUCUCAGGCAAAGACCCAACCAAAGUCGACAGAAGUGGAGCCUACAUUGUGAGACAAGCCGCUAAGAGCGUAGUAGCUAACGGAAUGGCUCGUAGGGCUCUUGUUCAGGUCUCUUACGCUAUUGGAGUCCCUGAGCCAUUGUCCGUCUUUGUGGACACUUACGGAACAGGGUUGAUUCCGGACAAAGAGAUACUGAAGAUUGUGAAAGAGAGCUUCGAUUUCAGACCGGGAAUGAUGAUCAUUAACCUUGACCUAAAGAGAGGAGGCAACGGAAGGUUCCUGAAAACCGCUGCGUACGGACAUUUCGGAAGGGACGACCCUGAUUUCACCUGGGAAGUCGUCAAGCCACUCAAGUGGAACAAACCUCAAGCUUAA